AUGAACAGUAGAUCUAUUAAUAAAUUUAUAAAAGACAAAAAUUUUAGAAAACUUUCCGUUACCUUUAAACCUUUUAUCCCCAAACAUAAUUAUUAUGAUAUUACUCCACCUUUCGACCAUAUUAUCAAUAAACAUGUUUUUUAUACAAAAAAUAAAAAUUUUAAUAAUGCGGUGGAAGUUCUUAAAACAGCUUGUGUCCUUUUUGACUGCCAAUGCAGAGAUGAGGCAUCUGUUAUUUUUAAGUACAUUAUAAAAAAUUGUAUAUUUCAUAUUGAGACAGAUGAAGAUAUUAGAUCACUUAUAAAAAUUACAUUAGAAAUAUAUAAGCAUACUAAAUACCACACACUUGCCAAUAUUCUGUUUAAAUUAUAUUUUAGGAUUCAAAAUCUAGAAUUGGCGUAUAAUUUUCUUCUUAUUACCAGUAAUAACCGUAUACAUAAAAAGGACUAUUAUAUUUAUAAUUUGUAUAAAGGAUUACUACUAUUUUAUAAGGGAGAUCUAGAAGAGUCGAGUAAAUGUAUUAAUUUGUCUUUUAAAAGUAAAAAAAUACGUAAAGAAGGGUUUUUAUUAUUUUUUAUUAUUAAUUUAAUUAAUAAUAAAUAUAUUAAAACUGAAGAUGAAAUGUUGUUAAAUCUGAAAAUUAUUGUAAGAGAGGGGCUGUUUACACAUAUUUAUAACAUCUUAGAUGAGUUAGAAGGAUUUUUUGUAAAAUUUAAUAUAUCCUUAAUAGUAAGAAAUUAUCUACCACAGUUAUGUUUUGCGAAUCUUAUAAAAAGAAUAUUUUAUUUAAAAAACGAGGAUUAUAAAUUAAAUUUAGAGUAUCUUUUAGAAGUUAUAGAUCUAGAUUAUGAAGAAUUAAUAAGUAUGGUGUGUUGUGUUAUAGAAAGUAAUUUAGUAAAAGGAUACAUUAGUGUUAAUAAGAACAUGAUGGUAUUUAGUAGAAGAGAUCCUUUUCCGCUAAAAUUUUUUUAA